GUUCUGCAAGUCAAAGGAAUUCGCUUCCUUCUCACGAUUUCCAGCUCUUGUAGGGUCAAGGAGAGUACUUGUUUCUUUUUUUCGGUGGGUGAGACACUUCCACUGUCCCACAUUCGUAGUGGUAAAGUAUUGGUGUUUUUAUCAAGCAUUUUCAGUACGAGUCAAGUGUCUUUUGUUGUCUUUCGAAAAGGUGAAGGUCUACUAACUCUACCACCUAAAUGUUUGUUGGUUAUGUUUCUCUUUUGCGUUAAGAUUUUAGAUGUCACUAGUUUCUAAAAAUUCAUCCUCGAGCAAUCAAUCUAUCAAAAGGCCCAUAACAGUUCGUCGUGCACUUCAAACUCGAUAUUACUACUGUCUAGUAGUUUAUAUGGCCUUAUUUUUUGACGUCCUUUGUGUGAAGACUGGUGUGAUAUAUAGUACACGACGUUCGAAACAAGAUGAAGGUGGUUGCAAAGCGUCCGAGCUGUGGGCUCUCGUUUUUGUUGCUGUGUGUCGGAGGCCAGCAUCACCUUUGGAGCGCGCCACGUCUGGUAACAGGGCUGCGGGCUCGUGGUGACGGAUUGGGCGCAAGAAUUUCAAGGUAAAAAGUUAAACUUACAAUCAGUAUCUUUUUUCUGUAGUAGCAAUUUAGCAUUUUCAACAAAUUUCUCUUGCACUUUUUUUUGGAUAACUAGCAAACAACUACACAAGGAUGAUUCAUUUUGCACUACAAAUGAAUCUUGUGUUACUUCAUCAGCAGGUCGGACACACAGAGCUUUCCCGGGGAAGAGGCUGUCGAGUCUCCGUCGUCCCCAUCGUCUCAAGUGCAUUCUCCACGAAGACCCUUGCUCUCGUCUUCCUUGGCUGGUUCCGACAAUAAACGAGGAGGAGUUUUAAAGCCCCGCCAUGACCAACAACAGGACCCGAUACUACAAAAAAGUGGUGCUGUUCAUCAUUCAGCUACUUCAUUGAGCCAAGACGUUGAAGGAGAUGCAGUGUUGCCAGGUAGAGGACGCGUACACAGCACAGAAGCGACUACAUCCACUGAAGUAGACUCGUCUGCAGUAGAGUCAGAAGCGGAUGCGAACAUGACGAGAAACGCGGAAGAUGUGGAGGAAAGUGAUUCUCGUGGUUCAGCAGCUGCAGCCGUUGUCGUGGGCUAUCGUCAAGAUGCGGGUGCCAUGGGUCCUCCUCAAAACGCGCGUGGUGCCUCAGCUGCAAGAACUUUGCCUCAAGAACCAGGUACAGUAGCAGCUCGUCCGAAACCCGCUGGAGGACGGCGACUUCUGACGCCUCAAGAGCAGCAACAAAUAGCGCGGAGUCGAUUCGGAAAGUUCGUCAUGGUUAAGGCUACAAGAAAUCCAUCUUCGCAGGCAUCUUGGUCCCGUUUUUUAAGGGAACGAAAAGGGGGCCCAAGAUGCUGCUGAAGAUGGAUCCCUCUUAGCUCUAACGAGGAUACAUGUAGAAUGGCUUUGUGCUUCACCUUCGUCAUGACAGCGUUGCCUUGCCUGGAAAAUGCGGCGCAUGCCGCUAUCUUUGGUGAUAGUACUUUUAGUUCUACCUCUACUUUAUCGGGAGGUUCAACUUCUACUACGUUUACUACACCACGCAGUGUACUAGCUGGCGAAGAUGAUGACGUUGACGAGCAGGAUACUUUUCCUACUAGUUGUAGUACAACCAUGUCCUCACUAGCAGGCAGCCUUCUCGAUUCCAAUGUACGCCAAUUCGCCAAUACGCCAAUUCCGAUUCUAAUGUACGCCAGUGCUAACUCCAACUACGUUGGGGAUCGCGUCAGUUCGUCAGGGAUGUGUGUGCCAUGGCCAGCUUAUUGCUCUUGUUACAGUCAUACUAGUGAUACUUCUUCUACUCUUUCCAUGCCCAUGUUGCCGCGACAGCCUGUCUUCCGACCUCUCCUCUCGCCAAAGAUAGUAGACGAGGACAAGGAUAGAGCACAAGAAGGAGAUGCUGAAGGCAAAGACGACACCUGUAGUACCGGGUCUUCGCAGGAGAAGACGAUGAACUUUUCUUCUUUUUUAGCGGAUAGAGGACUCCGCUUAGCCACCGACCGAGAAAUCGAAGCACUGAGAGCAUGUUGUCAAGGAAUCACCGCGUCUUCGUUGAAAAAAGGAUCAACAAAACACGAUGACGAAAGUGAAAGAGAGCCAGAGAAUGGACAGGAGCCUUCGAGGACUUUGAAGAUGUCACAUGAAAAGAGUACAAUGAGCAUGGAAGGCGAACAGAUAGCAAGACCUUCUAGUACAACUAACAAGAAAAGCGAGCAGGAGCAGCAGCAGUUCAUGAAUGAUGCGGAAUAUGAGGGUGUGGAACCCACUGAUCUCUGCGGUGAGCUCGUUAGUACUGUCUGCGUCACCACCCUGUGCGCCGGAGGGGGCUGGGUCGUGAAGGACUGGGAACGCUGCCUGGCUCAUGCGCUCAACUUGGGCCUCACGCGUAGCCAGACCGCUGCUCUCGCCAGUUUCGGCGUAUUAGGGUCUAUGUGACUUUUCCCACAAUGUGAGUGAUCCGGUUUAAACUACUUGUUAUGUAGGAAUACUUAGAAUGAUUUAUUUUCUGUAAACUAAAACUAUACUAGAUGCAACUACAAGCAACAACUAAAAAUUAUUAGGCAGUUCUUCUUCCUUAUAAUAAAUGCACAUGAUCCCAGUAACUGAGAUCAUGAAGAUGCUGGCAAUGUGCUGAAAUCGAAAUGAUAAAGAUAUUGUAAGUAGUGCCAUAUUUUAUUAGAUCAUGAAAAGUUCAUGGUCUUAGACAACAACAUAGUCCGUGUGCUAUUCGUUACACAACGCUAUCGCUAAGUGCUGUGAUGGAGCGAGAGUGACAGUACGCGAGGAACGUCAAGAGGGAAGCCGCUAGCUCAUACAGAUCCUUGAAUGGAUUUUUUUUAUGUGCUAGUGCGUGGUUUCCUCGAUCAUAAUUGCCCAACUGGCUCUUCUUGCUCCUUGAUGGCGCACUCUUUCUACAUCUUCAAGCACAGGGUCAAUAGUGAUGCUCCAACCUUCAUAUUUGACGUCACUCCAUGUACAUUAUUUCUCCCUGGUCAUUUCUUGGUGCUACAUAAUUUGUCAUCGUUCUUGACUCCGAUCCAAACUAUCACUAUGUAGUUCAUUCGCGAAGUCGAAGGUACGCAAAGCAAAACAGCGCGAGCCCAAAGUGGUCAAUAAGAAGUUGGUGAUGGUAAAUACAAAUAGUUAUUUCUAGUAGCUAGCAGUCAGGAAAGUUCUGUCAUGUUCAAAUAUUGUGAAUCAAUAAACUUCUUCUUCUUCAGGUUGGUACCUAUUACCGCUCAUCGACAUAUAGAAGAAGAAAUAUUUAAGACCGUAUUUUCAAAUAGAUGAGUAAGUAUCUUCGCCUAAUGUAAGUAUCUUCGUAUCGAUGCCCGAGCGUGGCGUCUAGCUGGAGGUCUGGCUCGAGAUAUUGGAUCUGCAUAUUUGAAGAACGCAGUAGCAUGAGCACAUGGUCUAUUCUUAGAUGAUUUCUUCAUACUCCUUGUCCUUCGACGUAAGGAGUCAAUCUGUCUAAAAUCUUUCUUCUAUACCUCAUCGUUGUGCCAAAAGAUGUUAAAAAAACUGGCGCUCCAAUGUCUAGAUCCACUAGUAAAUUUUUUUUCUUUUUAUAUGAAACAUUCUUUCAUUUGUGAUUUCCAGUUUCUGUAAAAAGAUGCUUGGCUGGAAUAGUGUCUGUGACAAUGAAAACACUUUCUUGUACACGCAGGCUGCUAUUCUCGCAUGAAAUUCUUGAAUGCAAAAAGAUAAAGAAAAAUGAGAUGCGCAAAAUGGUGACUUCGGAUUUACAGUGAGAUCAGAUUCGUCUCCUAGACACAGGAAAACAAGGACGAGCAUCACUCAGCCAGGGCACACGCUGCGACCGACGGAAAAUUGUG